CAACACCACCUGGGGAUUGGGACACAGUUUUCCAGGCACUGUUGGCCAGUCCCAACAUGGACCAUAAGGAUUUGUUUCUUGUACUGCUUUUAUUUCUAAAAUCAGGUCAAGGGGAUCCCCUGGAUGGCUACGUAAGCACACAAGGGGCUUGGCUCUUCGGUGUCACCAAGAAGGAGCUGGGGACAGGAAGCAUAGCGGACUGUGCGGCCAAAUGUGAGGAGGAAACGGACUUCACCUGCAGGUCAUUCCAGUAUCACAGCAAGGAGCAGCAAUGUGUGAUCAUGGCUGAGAACAGCAAGACUUCCUCCGUCAUCCGCAAUAGGGGCGUCAUCUUAUUUGAAAAGAGAGUGUAUCUGUCGGAAUGCAAGACUGGCAUCGGGAAGGGCUACCGAGGAACCAUGUCUAAGACGAAAAGUGGUGUCACCUGUCAAAAGUGGAGUGCCACCUUCCCCCACAAACCCAACUUUUCUCCUGAUAAACACCCCAAUGAAGGGCUGGAGGAAAACUAUUGCAGGAACCCAGACAGCGAUGAGGAGGGGCCCUGGUGCUAUACAACAGACCCGGAUAAGAGAUUUGACUACUGCGACAUCCCUGAAUGUGAAGAAGAAUGUAUGCACUGCAGCGGAGAAAAGUACGAAGGCCAAAUCUCCAAGACCAUGUCUGGCCUUGACUGCCAGGCCUGGGACUCACAGAGCCCACACGCUCACGGAUACCUUCCUGCCAAAUUUCCAAGCAAGAACCUGAAGAUGAAUUACUGUCGUAACCCCGACGGGGAGCCUCGUCCAUGGUGCUUCACCACCGACCCCAACAAACGCUGGGAAUAUUGUGACAUCCCACGCUGCACAACACCUCCACCCCCUUCUGGUCCAACCUACCAGUGUCUGAAAGGAAGAGGUGAGAGCUACCGAGGGACAGUAUCUGUCACUGUGUCUGGGAAAACCUGCCAGCGUUGGAGUGAGCAGACCCCUCAGAAGCACAACAGGACACCAGAAAACUUUCCCUGCAAAAAUUUGGAAGAAAACUACUGUCGUAACCCUGAUGGAGAAACAGCUCCAUGGUGCUAUACCACAGACAGCAAAGUGCGGUGGGAGUACUGUAGCAUUCCAUCCUGUGAGUCCUCGGCAUCAUCUCCAGAACUUUCGGAUGCUUCAUCACUGCCUGAGCAAACCCCUGUGGUCCAGGAAUGCUACCAGGGCAACGGGCAGAGUUACCGGGGCACCUCAUCCACCACCAUCACAGGAAAGAAGUGUCAGUCUUGGACAUCCAUGAGUCCACAUCGGCAUGUGAAGACCCCAGAGAAGUUCCCAAAUGCUGGCUUAGAAAUGAACUACUGCAGGAACCCAGAUGCUGACAAGGGCCCCUGGUGCUACACCACCGACCCGAGUGUCAGGUGGGAGUAUUGCAACUUGAGGAGAUGCCCGGAGACUGGAGGGGUUGUCCAGGCAACUCCCAUGGCUCCCCAGCUUCCAAGUGUGCAGGCCACUUCUGAGCCAGACUGCAUGUAUGGGAUUGGCAAAGACUACCGGGGUAAGAAGGCCACCACUGCAACCGGCACGCCUUGCCAGGGAUGGGCAGCCCAGGAGCCCCAUGAGCACAGACUCUUCACCCCAGAGACAAACCCACGGGCAGGUCUGGAAGAAAACUACUGCCGAAACCCGGAUGGUGAUGUUAGUGGUCCGUGGUGCUAUACAACGAAUCCCAGAAAACUUUAUGACUACUGCGAUGUCCCUCAGUGUGCAUCACCAAUUGAAUGUGGGAAGCCUCUGGUGGAGCCAAAGAAAUGCCCUGGAAGGGUGGUAGGUGGGUGUGUGGCCAAUCCACACUCCUGGCCCUGGCAAAUCAGUCUUAGAACAAGAUUUAGAGGACAGCACUUCUGUGGAGGCACGCUAAUAUCCCCAGAGUGGGUGCUCACCGCUGCUCACUGCUUGGAGAAGUCUUCGACGCCUGCCUUCUACAAAGUUGUCUUGGGGGCACAUGAAGAAGUUAAUCUUGGAUUGGGUGUUCAGCAAAUAGAAGCAGCCAAACUGUUCUUGGAGCCCUCAGGAGCUGACAUUGCCCUGAUAAAGCUAAAAAGCCCCGCCAUCAUCACUGACAAGGUAAUUCCAGCUUGCUUGCCAUCUCAAAAUUACGUGGUUGCUGACCGGACACUAUGUUACAUCACUGGCUGGGGAGAAACUAAAGGGACCUUUGGUGUGGGUCUUCUCAAGGAGGCCCAACUUCCCGUGAUUGAGAACAAGGUGUGUAACCGUUAUGAGUACCUGAACGGCAGAGUCAGAUCCACAGAGCUCUGUGCGGGGCAUCUGGCUGGUGGCAUCGACAGCUGCCAGGGAGACAGUGGAGGACCUCUGGUUUGCUUCGAGAAGGACAAGUACAUUUUACAAGGAGUCACUUCUUGGGGUCUCGGCUGUGCUCAACCCAAUAAGCCCGGUGUCUAUGUUCGUGUUUCGAGGUUUGUUAAUUGGAUUGAAGAAAUAAUGAAAAAGCAAUAAUUGUACGGGAGGCAGAACAAAGUACUCACUCACCAGAAAGCUGGAACAUGGGGAGGGAUUCAGACUGUUUGGAGAUAAUUGACAGUAAUCAAGCCAAGACACUGUACUUAGCCCCCAUCUCCUGCCAACCUCAGCCUUUUUUGUAUUAUUGUGGACAAAUGUUUCCUGUCCAUGGACUGCUCAAUUUUAUGACAAUAGACCAACAUGCCUAUGACAUUUAUUAAAAAUAAAAACUAUACUUACUUUGA